AUGCCAUUUGUGGAGGAGGAAACAUGCAUUCCUCACAACCUCAAAAAGUUUGCAUCCUAUGAUUCAGCAGUUGAGUGUUCAUCAUCUGUCCCAACAGUUGAGAUUCUGACACCUCCUGUCCCAGCUGUGAAGAGCACACCACCACCUGUCCCAGCUGUGAAGAGCACACCACCUCCUGUCCCAGCUGUGAAGAGCACACCACCACCUGUCCCAGCUGUGAAGAGCACACCACCACCUGUCCCAGCUGUGAAGAGCAGACCACCUCCUGUCCCAGCUGUGAAGAGCACACCACCUCCUGUCCCAGCUGUGAAGAGCACACCACCACCUGUCCCAGCUGUGAAGAGCACACCACCACCUGUCCCAGCUGGGAAGAGCACACCACCACCUGUCCCAGCAACUGAGAUUCUGACACCUCCUGUCCCAGCUGUGAAGAGCACACCACCACCUGUCCCAGCUGUGAAGAGCAGACCACCUCCUGUCCCAGCUGUGAAGAGCACACCACCUCCUGUCCCAGCUGUGAAGAGCAGACCACCUCCUGUCCCAGCUGUGAAGAGCACACCACCACCUGUCCCAGCUGUGAAGAGCACACCACCUCCUGUCCCAGCUGUGAAGAGCACACCACCACCUGUCCCAGCUGUGAAGAGCACACCACCACCUGUCCCAGCUGUGAAGAGCACACCACCACCUGUCCCAGGUGGGAAGAGCACACCACCACCUGUCCCAGCUGUGAAGAGCAGACCACCUCCUGUCCCAGCUGUGAAGAGCAGACCACCACCUGUCCCAGCUGUGAAGAGCACACCACCACCUGUCCCAGCUGUGAAGAGCACACCACCACCUGUCCCAGCUGUGAAGAGCACACCACCACCUGUCCCAGGUGGGAAGAGCACACCACCACCUGUCCCAGGUGGGAAGAGCACACCACCACCUGUCCCAGCAACUGAGAUUCUGACACCUCCUGUCCCAGCUGUGAAGAGCACACCACCACCUGUCCCAGCUGUGAAGAGCAGACCACCUCCUGUCCCAGCUGUGAAGAGCAGACCACCUCCUGUCCCAGCUGUGAAGAGCACACCACCACCUGUCCCAGCUGUGAAGAGCAAACCACCUCCUGUCCCAGCUGUGAAGAGCACACCACCACCUGUCCCAGCUGGGAAGAGCACACCACCACCUGUCCCAGCUGUGAAGAGCACACCACCACCUGUCCCAGCUGUGAAGAGCACACCACCACCUGUCCCAGCAACUGAGAUUCUGACACCUCCUGUUUCAGCAGUGAGGAGCACAGCACCUCCUGUCCCUGUAGUUAAAAGACCAGUACCUCCUUUUCCUACAGUCGAGAGUCCAGCAUCUGUUUUCUCAAGAUCACAGUGA